ACGCGUGGGCUGCGCGUGGAUGCGGUUCGGGGGAUAAGUCAUGUGUAGCCUGCGGGCAGUGAGCUCACACUGAGCGGUGGCUUGUAUGGGAUGGGACACUCUUUCCUAACGUUCUCUUGCUCUGGUAGGACUCUGUGUAGGUCACUCUAUUUGGGAAGCCACUACCUUUCCCCCCACCCCUCCCCUAUUCGCGAGACCACACUCUUAUUUUUUCGACUGGUGGGACUCCAAUAUCAACGGACUCUCCACCCCCUCUUCCUCAGUAGAACCCUGAAGUCAGUAGAGUUUUGACCCCUCUAUUCUGGAGGGCCCCCUUUCCAUAGAAUUUCAUCUUGGUAGACACCCACCACUCCGUCUUGCUAGAACUCUACAUCUGGUGAUGCUCUAUAAUUGUUCUGGUGGAGCUGUUCCUCUCCAUUAUAUUGGGAGCUCUGCUUUCUAGUUUUUAACCCUUUAGUUGGACCUGCUUUCUAAAACUUUCCCGAUGGGUCAUCGUCUUGUGCUUUGAUGCGUGUCCCCUCUUCAUUUUCUUGGUAGGGCCUCUUCCGACCUCACAUUAAUGGGCCCUAUCUCCUCGUGAAAGAGCCUUUUAUUUGCUUGGGGCAGCGAUCUCCAACUUCCUUCUCUUUGUGGUGAAAGUUCCCCAGUUGGUGCCCAAAGCCUCGCCCUUUCCCAGCCAAUUCCCACCGAGCGCGGUGGGGUCAAAUCCCCCUCCGACUGAAAGUGCCCUCUCUCUCGCCUCCUGGUAGUAGUGGGGGUCCCGUCCCGGCGCACCCUUCCACUCCUCCCCCUUCUCCUCCUCCUCCUCCUCCAGGCUUCGCUAGCCACCUCCCCCGCCUCUUUAUUAAGGUAAAUGCUGUAAAUCCCAGCGAGGCAAUCCGCACGCAUUCCGAGCGCCAGGACCCACGACCCGGUCGAGGCACAGGUCGCGUCCCAGCGUCCCCCAGGGAGGCGACCUUCGGCGGCCCUCCGCUUGCGCCACCACCACCGCCACCACCCCCCUGGCUCCCGGCCACCCCGGGGCCCCCGCGGAGAAGAGGCAUGGCGAGGUUCGCAGUCUGCCCGUGCCGCUGUCUGUGCCUGCUGCUGCUGUUGCUGCUGGCCGCGUUGGCUGGGGCUCAACAUAGAAGCUACCGCAGGGUCUUCACAUACGUGGUGCAGCAGCAACAGCAGGGACAACAUCAGCAGCAGCAGCAACAGCAGCAGCAGCACGAGCAGCAGAUCGCGCAGUCUCACCGCGUGGCCGGCUUCAGGGACAGCCCCGUGCGCCACCGCGCCGCGUACGGUGCCGAUGGGGCGCUGCCUCUGCGGGCCCGGCCUGGCACGGGGACCCAGCAUCAUCAUCAGCAACAGCAUCAGCAACAGCAUCAUCAGCAGCAUCAUCAUCAGCAAGGCUCGGCUCCACGGCAGGCAGCACCGCUCCCCGGGCCGAACAUUUGUGGAGCACAGUGCUGCCCAGGAUGGAGCCAGAGCCCCGGCUCCCAGAUGUGCACCAAACCGGUUUGCUCACCGCCGUGCCAGAACGGAGGCAUGUGCGUGCAGCCCCAGGUGUGUGCCUGUCCUGCUGGCAAGUGGGGGCCGUCCUGCGCGGACAGUAACCCCCAGGCCGCAGCCGCUGGCGCUGGUGGGGUACCCAGCCAGAGUCGCACAGCUUCGCUCUCUCGUACCGCACACAUGACCCUCACCGUCAAGCACCAACCGUCUGUGCGGAUGGUGCCACACAAGGGCCAGCAACAGUCACACUCAAUGCAGUCUGCGCCACUUAGCAUGGCCAUGCAACGUCGGACAUCCCAACCACUCCUGCUCAAGCCUAAGGUCUUCAGCCACCAGCUCGUGUCGGCCAGUGGAGGACGUCCUGCCCAUCCCGGCCCCAACGCCUUGCCCUCGGGGCACGGCCAGCAUGGGCUUCUCGGCUCUGAACAUGUGCUUCAUGCCGGCAACCUGAGCGCGAGCGGAUCGAUGGGGCGCAUCAAGGUGGUCUUCACGCCCACCAUCUGCAAGAUGACGUGCACCAACGGGAAGUGCCUGAAUACCUGUGAGAAGGGCAACACGACGACGCUGAUCAGCGAGAACGGCGAGGGAGCUGACAUGCUGACGGGCUCCGGGUUCCGCGUCGUGGUGUGUCCCAUCCCGUGCCGGAACGGGGGCAGCUGUCAGACGCGGGAUAAGUGCCGCUGCCCGGCGAACUUCACGGGGAAGUUCUGUCAAAUCGCCGUGCAGUCGCCCAGGGCCUCCGAGGAGCAGGGGGCAGUGGCGGGCGGCCAGGGCGUGUCGCUCACUCACUCGACCUUCUCCAUCCCCGUGUCGGGGGUGCACGCCGGAGCUGCUACCCACGUGAAGAUAUCGCCGAGUGUAGCGAACGUGCACGUGCGGCACCCGCAGGCGGCCUCCGUGCAGGUGCACCAGGUGUCGCGCGUCGAGACGGGCCCAAGCCAUCAUUACAAGCGGGACCACCAGCACCACAGUCACAGCAGCCAAAGUCACAGCCAAAGCCACAGCCAAAGUCACAGCCAAAGUCACAGCCAAAGUCACAGCCAAAGCCACAGCCACGGGCAGAUUCCGCACCAUUCGCAGUUGCAGCAGCAGCAGCAACAGCAGACGUACACCUACCCGAUACAGCAGCCUGCGUCCCAGCCCAGGCCUCAGCCCAAGCCGCUUGGCCGCUGCUUCCAGGAGACCAACCCAGGGCAGCAGUGCGGCAAACCACUGCCGGGCCUCCUCAAGCAGGAGGACUGCUGCGGUAGUGUGGGCAGCUCCUGGGGCUUCAAUAAGUGCAGCAAGUGUCCAGCCACAGCCGUUCAGACACAGCCUGGGAGCAGUGCCAUGGUCGAGUGCACACAGGGCUUCAAGAGGGAGAGUGCGACCCAGUGCCGAGAUAUCAACGAGUGCCUGAUCCAGGGCGCGUGCCCCAAUGCCGACUGCCUCAACACCCAAGGCAGCUACAGGUGCAUCUGCAAGUCGGGCUUCACCCUGGAUUCCACCACUAACCGCUGCAUAUCCAACAAGGCGCUGGCGGAGGAGAAGGAGCUGUGUUUCCACAUGGUGGUGGAGCACCGCUGCCAGCACCCCCUGCCUGUGCCCGUGUCGCGGCCCGUGUGCUGCUGCUCCGUGGGUGUGGCCUGGGGCUCCGACUGCCAGCGUUGUCCCGCCAAAAACUCAGAUGCCUACGUUGAGAUCUGCCCGGCGGGGCCGGGGCUGGUCUACCACCGCAAUCCCGACCCUGUCGUCAUGGAAACCAUCUGGCUGCACCCUCCACGGCCCGAUGAUACGGUUCCCAACGAGGCACCGCCACUGCCGGCACCGACCACCCGGCCCACGCCCGCCGCUCCACCUCCCACCGCACCUGUUCCACGUAGGGAAGCAAUGACAACGCCACCCCAGCGUGAACCCACAAUACAAAUGAAAGAGCGGCUUAUUUCAACUGUGGCACCGAAGCAGGUGGACCCCGAGGUGACCACGAAGAAAAACGCACUAAGCAUCAUUACUCCCGAGGAGCCUGACACAGGUGGAAGAGGGAAUGCAUGUGUCUGUGUGUCUGUGUAUGUCUGUGUGUCUGCGUGCGUGUAUGGGGGGAGCGGUAGUGUAGCGGUUAGCGCGCUGCACUACAAACCUGACAACCCGGGUUCGAUUCCCACUCACGGCCAACACCAGUGACGAUAAUUUUAACCG